UGGGUGCUAUGGUGUCGCUAUCCUAAUGCUACAGAAAUCCCAUUUAUUUAACUGUAUGAAUAGAUAUCUAGAUAGUUCGCUACGUUCAACUCGAGUUUAUUAAUGUUAAUUUCUACGUUAUCUCCUGAAAGGAUGACCAGAAUGAACCGUUUUAGUUCCACCGUCCCAGAUGACGAGUACCUCGCGGACAGUAAUGUGAUGUUCUACCUGAGUGAUGCAGUGACCCAGCUGCUGGAACAUAAAGAGGAAUACACCCAGUUUGGAGUGAUCCGCUACUUUGCUGAAUAUUUCAGCAGUGUAAAGAACAGUAACCACGUACUCUUCAGAGAGUAUAACUACAUCAGGGCCACUCCCCACAACAGAGCCUCGUUCAUCAGAGUCUUCUGGAGAUGCUACAGACAGAUCGGCAAGAGCGGAGACUUACUGUCCAUGCUGGAGUACAGGUCGCUGCUGCAGUUAUUGUGUCCAGACUUCCCUUUGGAGAUGGUGCAGAGUGCAGCCAGAAUUAUUCUGAUGGACGAUGCCAUGGACUGUCUGAUGUCUUUUUCUGAUUUCCUUUAUGCCCUCCAGCUGCAGUUCUACUACCCAGAGUUCCUGGACAGCGUGGUGGUGAUCUACCAGGAUCUGUUAGCAGGGAAGAGUCCUAACACCGUCAUCGUCCCCACAUCCACCUCCAUCGAGCAGCUCCCCUUUGUGGCCACAGAGGAGAACGACAAGGAGAAGCAGCAGCAGGAUGAUGGAGUGGAACCGUCCACUCUGGCUCAGUGUAUUGAUGCUCUCUGUGACAGGUUCAAACACAGUCAUCCUCCCAGGUCCUGUAUGAGGGAAGUACUGGCACAGACCAACAAAGUCUCCUACUACAGCUUCCUAAUGAGCCUGGCUAAACACGAGACCAUCAACCAAACUAUUGGAGCAUUACCCAGCAUGGCAGAGUUUCUCAUUGAUCCAGAGAUGGACCAAGAACUGGACAAACUAAUCGCCCAGAUCUCAGUGAGUCCCGGCAGCAACAGCAGCGGCAGUGCGGUGGGGGGGCUGAAGGAGGUGCAGAGGAGGGUCCCCAGGAGGAACAUCCACCACAGGAGGAAGAUGGAGGUGGAAAGCGAUGGUUCCACGGAAGAGACCGACUCCUCUGAAAACUGACCUCUAAUCUUCCACCAGUCUGUGACACGUCUUAUUCCAUCUUAAGUUGGAAACACACUGUGGCUGCAUGCUACAAGUCAAAACUUUCAUGGCCUUUAUUUGUUUUGUAAACCCACACAUGUAGUGGAUCGGCACGCAGCGGUGCAAGCAAACGUUCCACCCUGCGACCGUGUGCUUUAUGUCCAGCGUUGAUGUCCAGAAAAGUGACAUGAGUCCACAUUAGAGUACCCAUGCAUGCACUCUAGAUUGACUGUUGAUGCUACGUAUUAUUCUCUAUGUGUUGCGUGGUCCUAAUGAUGUGCAGGUGAUCAUGUGACUCGCUACUCCUCUGGCGUGCAGGUCGUUUUGAAUUUUACUGUAAUCUUACCAAACAGAAUGUUUGUAUUGGUUGGCAGUAAUGAUAUUUAUUUAGCUAGUGAUGAGUAGUAUAACUAAUUUGAAUAUCAACAGUAUUACCCCAGUUUAUACUCAAUUUCUAAGUAUUUACAAUUUUACCUGAUAUUCGCUUGUUGUCAUGUUGGAGAAGCCUCUUUAUACCCUGUAUAUUAGUACAUAUAUGUACUCAAAGCGACCUCAAAAUGAGGCUUUUUGAGUAAAUAAAAG